AUAAGCCUUUUUUCUAUAGACGAGAAAAGUAUUUAAAAAUGGCAUUUAAAUUAGCCGCAAACCUUAGUUUUAUGUUCACUGAAUCUCCGAAUUUGAUGACUCGUUAUCGAUUAGCCAAAGAAUCAGGGUUUCUUGCAGUAGAAAGUGGAUUUCCUUUUGGAUAUACUGUUCAACAAGUUCAAAAAGCUAAAAAUGAUGCUGAUAUUGAUCAAGUUUUGAUAAAUAUUUUCACUGGAGAUGUUACUAAAGGCGAGCUAGGUUUUGCUGCUAUACCCGGUGAUGAAGAUAAAUUUAAAAAUAGUAUUACACUUACAAUUGAUUAUGCCAAAGCAUUGAAUUGCAAAAAAAUUCACGUUAUGGCAGGAAUUGUUGAAAAUCCGACAGCAGUAAAUGACGCAGUUUAUGAGUCCAACUUACGUUAUGCUGUUGAUCAAUUUCAGAAAGAAGGAAUUAUUGGUAUUAUUGAACCUAUAAACCCUUACUCGGUGCCAAAUUAUUAUUUAAAUUGUUUUGAUAAAGGUAUUGAAGUUGUCAAAAAAAUUAACAGUCCACAUUUGAAAAUAAUGUGUGAUAUUUUCCAUCUUCAACAUAUUAAAGGAAAUAUUACAAAUGUUCUGAAGAAUUAUUUUCAAUAUAUUGGACACAUACAAAUUGCGCAAGUACCUCACAGAAAUGAGCCUAAUACAGAGGGAGAGUUGGAUUAUAAAUAUAUUUUCUCAGUGAUACAAGAUAUUGGAUACAGCGGUUACAUAGGUUUAGAAUAUAAACCCAAAACAACAACAAUAGAAGGAUUAAAGUGGAUAGAAAGUUUUGGUUAUAAGCAA